AUGACAAGGAGACAUGCAAAACGUCAAGUAACACUUGAUGAUAUCAUUGAGAGUGCCCUCAAUUUUGUUCGUCCUAUAAUUGACACUUCACAACCACUUCAAAACGAUGCAACCAUAGCUAAACAGGCAUCAUCGCGUCAGCUCGGAACAAGAGAUGGUGAGAUCCUUGGUGCACCAAAGUACAACUCUCUUGAUGAAGUACCAAUAUGUAAAGGUAAUUCAAAAAUAUGCAAAUUCGUCUCGUGUACCGCACAUAACUUCAAAAGUGAUCAGUCAUUCGCUAAUAUCAACCUCGCCGCACAGGUUCUCGCUGAUAAAAAGUUACGCCAAGCAAUCAGCAGGGAUCCGGAUGCAUUAGAAACUGUUUGUCACGAACAGGGUCUGGGCACCUCUCAAUGCAGAUUAUUUCAGAAAGGCUUUCAACUCGUUGAUAGCACCAAAUUUAUCAACUUAUCCUACUCAGUUUACAGGUUCAUAACCAGCAUUGAACCUGCCGAAAAUUUAUCGAAGAAAACUGAGCAAUUCAUGCCAAAAGAAGAUGACUUUUAUAUGGACGAUUCGGACGCUCCUCCCAUCCCUAUCCGGCCAAGCACUGCUUCAGCAUCCAAAACGAUCCUUGCAGAUGAUCCACCGGCGCGUGGCUCUCGCACUUGGUCAUCUCAUCCACAACCUGUAGUGCCCGUCGACGAUCAACCGAUGCUCGCCACUCUCCCCACCUUCCCUCCACUUCUAUUCACGUUACCCACAUUUCCUCCCAUACCAACUCUACCUUCCAUCACACCGUUGCACAACAAAGAUCCUCUAUCACCAUUCCCUGUAUUCAAUUUCAAUAACCAAUUCUUCAAGCAUUUACCGUUCCUCGAUCCAGCCAAACAACUCUCAUCAAAAUUGGUACGAUUACAGAGAUCAGUUGAUCAUAUGGAAGAUUCACUGCAAUACGAUAAUCCAUAUGACGAAUUAAGUCGGCGCAAGCGUGAUGACUCAGAUUAUUAUAGUGAUCUGGAAAGUGGACCAUCAGAAGAAACUCAAAAGAGGGAUGAAAUAACGGAAAACAUCCAUUCUAACUUACCGCUGGAAGAUGAGCGAAUAAAACCAGUCGGUAAAUCGAAGAAAGCUAAUGGCGAUCACAUGGAUUGUUUCCAGUUUCUACAAUGA